CCAACGUAAUGCGCAUCGUACUGCCUGCUAUGCGCUUCAAACUCAACAAAAGGCGCAUUUCAAUUGGACUUCUCCUACUUUGCUUAAUUUUCAUUGCCUUUCAUCAGCUCAUUGCACGCAAAAAUGCAGCAAAAGAAAUGCACAGGCAAAGAAAUAAAGAAGUUGACGCACAACUGCGCGAUUGGCACGACUACGCAGCUAUGUCACGCGAUGCUGAGCGUAACGGAGCGGGAGAGCAGGGCCAGCCAGCGGUCUUAGCAAAUAUGUAAUACAAAGAUGCGGUAGCAUCCAGUUUGAGCGUUUACGGUUUCAAUGCUCUGCUAUCUGAGCAAAUUUCAUUGGAGCGCGCGUUGCCUGACGUGCGCCAUUUGAGUUGUCGCGCACAAACCUACCACAGACACCUGCCUGCCGCAAGCAUAAUUCUGGUACACCACAAUGAACAUGCAUCGGUGGUGCUGCGUGCACUGCACAGCCUUUGGAACCGUACACCUCACGAAUUAUUGCAUGAGAUUAUAUUUGUGGACGACUACAGCACUCAACCGCCUUUUGGUGCCUCACUUGAACAACAGCUGAUUGUGAAAUUUAGCACGAAACUGAAAAUACUCAAACUAACCGCACACUUUGGGUUGAUACGCGCGCGAAUUGCUGGAGCCCGCAUGGCAACCGGUGCCGUGUUGGUAUUUUUGGACGCGCAUGUGGAAGCUGCUUACAACUGGUUGCCACCGUUGUUGCAACCAAUAUUCGAGAAUCCCCGCACCAGCACCACGCCCAUUAUAGAUACUAUUAAUUAUAACACUUUUGAAUAUGUCAGGUCGUCGCCUACGCGUGGUGGAUUCGAUUGGAGUUUCAAUUAUGUACAGCUGCCGGUGCUGGCUGAAGAGCGCAUGACGCUGCCGGCGCCGCACAAUAAUCCAGUGAUGAAUGGCGGUCUCUUUGCAAUUGAGGCGAAAUUUUUCUGGCAUUUGGGCGCCUACGACGAGGGUUUGGAUGUGUGGGGUGCAGAGCAAUUUGAACUUAGCUUCAAAAUUUGGAUGUGCGGCGGUCGCAUAUUGGAAGUGCCUUGUUCGCGCCUGGGUCAUCUAUACCGUGACGGGGCGUUUCACAUCAAAUAUACCAACCGUACAGAUGAUUUCAUAUCGAAGAAUUACAAACGCGUCGCAUCUGUUUGGUUAGAUGAAUACCAGGACGCAUUAUAUGCGCACAUGCCCAAGCUUAUGGUGAUCGACGCGGGUGAUGUGAGCGCGCGUCGCGCUUUACGAGAGGAGCUUAAGUGCAAGACUUUUAAAUGGUAUCUCGAGACCAUUGCUCCAGACUUGUUGCAGGCUUAUCCACCAAUUGAGCCACCAGACUAUGCGUUUGGUGCAUUGCAAAGCGUUGUAGCACCACACCUUUGUCUGGACUCGCUGCAGCUUUCGGCACGUCAACCGAUUGGCGAUCUGCGCUCUUGUUCGCCUGACUUGAAACACCCAUACAACACGCAACAUUGGCAGCUUACCUUUCGUCGCGAUCUCCGCCAGCCAAAUGGCAAUUGCCUGGAAGUGCAGUCGUGGGCACAAGGUGCGCCAGUUUGGCUGUGGCCAUGCCACCAUCAAGGUGGCAAUCAAUUUUGGUAUUACGACCAGCAAACACAGUUGCUGAUGCAAGGGGAAACGGAGGCAGAGCGCAUGUGCUUAGAGGCGAAUGUAACGGCACGUCGAGUGUCAAUGAACGACUGUGAUUUUGCCAAUUUGAACAUGAAAUGGAAUUUCGGAUUUGUCAACAAAACAAUGAUGGCCACAUUUUUCAAGGGAUUAAGAACAAGCGAAUAGGAGAGUUAACAAAAUUUGAAAUUCAGUUGGGGAGAUACCGACUUAAAAAUCGCUCAUUGCUCUGUGAAAAUCGUAUUCUAGGGAUCAAAAUAAGAAACUUUGCCGAAGGAACCAUACCUCUAAAACGAAUUCUGAUGUCCCCCAAUUUAAAAAUAUCACCAUUUUUGGCCUUUACAUGAAAAAAUCAGCUAAAUGGCUAUGUUUUUUCUUUAUUUUUAUUUGUUUAUAAUAAUAUUUAUUUUUUCUCUUAAGAAAUUUAUUUAGUCAGAACAUAUGUAAAUAAAAAAAUUAAUUUAAGUAAGUUAUAGAAAAGAAACUAAAAAGUUCGACCCAAAUUGGGGGACAUCAGAAUUCGUUUUAGAGGUAUGGUUCCUUCGGCAAAGUUUCUUAUUUUGAUCCCUAGAAUAUGAUUUUCACAGAGCAAUGGGCGAUUUUUUUGCCUCCCCACAAAUCGACCCGGCCUAAUACGCACAUAUGUUUGUAGUCAUGAAAUUUAUCUUUUUCCUUGUUCACUCCUCUCGGGAGUAUAGGGCCUGGACAAGACAUUUGUCUUGCGUUGGUUACGUUUUCUAUUUGAUUUCCGACAGGGUAGGUGAUUAGUCUGCCAGUCCUGUCAUGAAAAUAGUGAUAACUUUAAGUAUUUCUGACCACAUAAGGCUGUGCAGAAGUUCUCUGCUGUACUUUUCAGACAGAAAUUUACUGAAGCAUUAUUUAAAUAUUUAUUUAAUAUUCUAUGUAUGUAUGUAUUUGCAUGUAUAUCAGUGGUGUCUUAUCCAUGAGGUGGUCGGCUCGGUGCACCAAGACUUGAAGGGUACCAAAUGAUUUAAUUAUAAUAGUUGAGUUUUGAAAAUUAGAUAUUAAAGAGUACUAAAAAU